AUGGUUUUAAAUGAUUUUGAUUUGAAGACAGAAGCUUUAAAUGAAAGGACAACUUUACACACGAGCCAGAAUGCAAGUUCGAAGAAUGGAUCGAACAAAGAAUCUGUUCUUGCCAAAUAUGAAGAGACCAAUCAAAAUGACGAAAUAGAAGGGUUCGAAAACUUGAACGAUUUAUCAUUUUCAAAAUACUCAAAAUUUUCCAAAGCAUCGAUUAUAGUUGGGAGUGACCCCAAAUCUAGAACUACAACGCUAGACUCACCAUUUGCGAAGAAACUAAAGGAAGAUUUAAAUGUUGAAUUCACGAGCGAUAAUACCAAGCCAUAUUAUCCCACCGUGUAUCCAAUUUAUGAAUUUGAUAACAAUGAUGAAAACAGUGAUUCACCCUUCCUAGAUUACCAAAACGAAAAAGGAAAUAUUCCUCAGAAACUUAGUGGACAGAAACUCCGCAAGCAACAACAGCAACAGCAACAGCAAUCAGAAGCUGAAGAAAACUUUAAACAGAGCAAUCAAUAUGCCAGGUUGCAAUCUACACCUAAACAUCAGCGAACUUCUUCAGUCAAAGUAUCGUUAACACCAGCACAAAAGUUUGAAAAAAGAACUAGUACGCGUCUGCACAAUGCGUUAGAUAAUUUUGAGUUGACUACAUUAGUGGGGAACGGGGCUUUUGCGAGUGUCUACAGGGCAGUAAACCUCAAAACCAAUCAAGUCAUAGCAAUCAAACAGAUUCGAAUAGAGAAAGAUCAGGAUGUCGGAGUUUUAAUGGGAGAAAUUGAUUUGUUGAAGAUAUUGAAGCACCGUAAUAUAGUAAAGUAUCACGGAUUUGUGAAGACAGCAACUUCUUUGAAUGUUCUACUUGAGUACUGUGAAGGAGGGUCAUUACGCCAGUUGUAUAAAAAGUUGAAGAAGGGGCUACCUGAGUAUCAGAUAAUUAAUUAUGUUCGACAGAUUUUGGAGGGACUAAAUUACUUGCAUGAACAAGGGGUGGUACACCGAGAUGUCAAAGCCGCUAAUGUGCUACUAACAGAUAAGGGCGACGUGAAACUAGCUGAUUUUGGAGUUGCAACCAAAGUUACAUCUCAACAUCUAACUGUUGUGGGUACACCCAAUUGGAUGGCUCCUGAAACUGUUCUUGGGGGAGAAGGUAUUUGUACCGCCUCUGACAUUUGGUCAUUAGGAGCAACUAUUAUUGAGUUGUUUACCACAAAUCCACCGUAUCACGACCUCAAUGCUAUGGCAACAUUACAUGCUAUUGGUACCGAUGAGCAUCCGCCAUUACCAAAAAAUAUGUCUACUCUUGCAAAAGACUUUCUAUUGGAAUGUUUUCAAAAGCAAGCCAAUCUUAGAAUAAGUGCAAAAUUGCUUUUGAAACAUAAAUGGUUAAACCAAACUGCAACAGCAAAGACUUCGAUGGCCACCUUAUUGAGACAACCUAGCAGAGAGUUGAGGUCAAUCAAGAUUUAUUCUGAAUCAAAUGAUGAAAAUUGGGAUGAAGAUUUUGAGGAGAUCAAAGUGUCUAAGUUUCAAAACUCGACAUCUUCUAUAAUAGAAUUGAAACCAGAUAAUACAGAGAAACAGUUUAAACUCACGGAGUAUUCCAAAAAGGAUUUAUUAACUUUAUUUGCUGAUGAAAAGGAAGAUACCCUGGGCAAUUUUGAAUUUGAAACUAUCGGUCCAAAUAAACUAGCAGUGGUUGCAGAAAGUAUGGAUGAAUCCGACCCCUUCUUAAAUAUAGACAUUGAGAACUUUGAUACAAACGAAUUAGAAGUACAAAGCAAAAUGGAAUAUUUGGUAGUAAGGUUAAGUCGCAAGUUAGAGCAAGUUCAUCUAGGAUACGAAGAUGCAGUACCAGCAUUAGUAAAAGUUACAGGAAGAAUGCUACAUCUUGUUAAGAAAUAUCCGGUACUGCAUGAUACCUUGAUUCGAGACCAUGGAGUUUUGUCAUUGUUGGAACUCCUAGAGAGUUUUCAAGAUAUUCCAAGCCAACAACAGCUAUGGUAUCAUUGUCUUUCUAUAUUGAACCAUGUUUUCGAAAGCGACUUAGGCACGCUCGAGAACUUUUGUUUCUUGGGAGGCAUACCCACUGUAGCGCAUUUCCGAAGUGCGACCUAUGAAGUACAAGUACGGUUGCAAGUUGCUAAAUUUAUUGGCAUUUUGAAUUUAUCAGAAAAGGCCUUGUCUAUGUUUGUUUCUUGUGGGGGACUCCGUCUAGUAAGUAAAUUUGUGGAAGAAGAUUUUGAUACCACUCCUACCUUCCCAUUGAUUGCAAUAGAGUCUAUUCACAACAUAUUAGCCAAAGAUUUAAGUAGAUCGAAAUCUGAUUUGUGCCGUAUUCUAUCAAAGCAUGGUGUGAUUUUCUGGUUAGUGGUUUUGUUGAACAGAUUGGUCAAAUAUGAUCAAAAGCCCCUGAUAAAAAACGUGUCUAAAGAACAAGUUGAAAUAACAAUAGAACGAAUUAUUGAUAUAAUCAAAUACUUCAGUCAAUCUGAGACUAAAGUUAGAAUUUCUAUUGGGUCGAUAGACUUGUUCAAAUUGAUAUUCAAAUUAUUUGACAAUUUAAAAUUGUCUCACCAGUUGACUUUGCUCAAGUUUGUGAAAUCCAUGUCUUGCAUAUCAGAAGUGUUGAAGAAUUUAUAUCAUGCCGAGAUCUUGGAGUUUUUGGUCAAGUUGUUAAAAAGCUACAUCCCCUCCAAAGGCAAUUACAAAGAGAUUAUUAAUGUUCUAGCUCCAAUAUUGUAUAAUAGCCUUGCUUUGAAUCAUAGAAGGGAGUCAGAGUUUGUCAAUUUAGGUGGAUUACCUUACUUGAAAACCUUGUCUAUAAUUAACUUACCAUUCAGACAGUUUAUUUUGCCGAUAAUAUGUGAAUUUGUACAUUGUGAUGCUAGUGUCGUAAACGAAUUAAAAAAGAAUGACAUAGUCAAAAUUUAUUAUAACUUGUUGUUGGAUCCCUACUGGCAGUCAAAUGCUUUGGACUCGUUACAUUGCUGGUACAAAUUGGAACCAUCUUAUAUUGAUUUGAAUUCUCCUAUGGCAGUCGAUUGUUUGGUUGGAGGGUUUUUGCUUCCUAAAGUUUCUAAUUUGGAGAGUACUUUGGAAAUCUACUUCAAGUUAUUGACCAAUAAUCUUCCAUUAACGAGAGAUAUGCUGAAUAUGAAUGUCAUAAACAGCAUACUAAUCAAAUUAUCACUUCAUGACAAAAAGAAUCCAGUCAUUCAACUCCUGUAUUUGAAAGUUUUGAAAUGCUUGAUAAAUUAUUUGGUUGACUCUAAAAGUUCUUUACCAUUUGCGAAACCGGUAGUUAAUACAUUGCAGUCAUUAAAGCUGAGACAAAGCUCAUUGUUGAUUGAAGAAGUCACUACAGAACUUUUACUGGUGCUAAAGUAG